CUGCCCCCCGCCGCCGCAGCUUCCCUUCCCUGUUCUCACUCCCUGUCCUCUCCUCGGCGUGACUGUACUCGCACGACCCAGCUCGUCGAAGGAGAAGCUCCUGGAGGAGUAGCAGAAGCUCUCCGUUUCGUCGACGACGCCGUCUUCUCCUUCCUCCUCCUCCUUCUCGUCUCAGGGGCGACCACGGCGCUGGGUUUUUUCACAUCCGCAGGAGAUUGA